AUGUUUUGGAUACCCAGAAGAUCUUUCAACUCCAGUGCCAUUUCAUUGGCGAAAAAGGUUUCAAAGGGGAAAAGUUCAAAUUCUAGUGGUGAACCUAAAAAUGCAUUGUUAGGUCGUACCAGUAGUAAAUUAUCAGCUGGUAUUGUUGGUCUUGCAAACGUUGGUAAAAGUACAUUUUUUCAAGCUAUAACGAAAUCAUCACUUGGGAAUCCAAAUAAUUAUCCAUUUGCUACUGUUAAACCGGAAGAGGCGCUUUAUAGAGUUCCAAGUGAUCGUUUAUUGAAAUUAUCACAAAUUUAUAAGAGUUCAAAGAUAACUCCAUCAUAUUUGAAAAUUGUUGAUAUUGCAGGCCUUGUUAGAAAUGCUUCAAAAGGUGAAGGUUUAGGAAAUCAAUUUUUAUCAGAUAUUAGAAACGUUGAUGGUAUUUUCCAUGUUGUUAGAGGAUUUGAUGAUGAUACCAUAACUCAUAUUGAAAUCACGGUUGAUCCAAUUAGAGAUUUAGAAAUCGUCAAUGAUGAAUUAUUACUAAAAGAUUUAGAAACUGUUGAAACAACAAUAGAAAGAAAUAAAAAAGAUAUGAAUAAACCAAAUAUGAGAGCUGAAUUAACAAAAGAAAAUGAAAUUUUGGAAAAAAUUAAUGAUUUAUUAUUUGAACAUGGUAAAUUAUCAAAUAUCUUUAAAUGGACAGAAGACGAAGUCAAUGUUAUAAACAAGCAUAAAUUUUUGACUGCAAAACCAACAGUUUACUUAUUAAAUGUUUCUAAACCAGAUUAUGAAUCACAGACUAAUAAAUAUUUGAAAUCAGUUCAAGAUUGGAUGAAAGAACAUUCACCAAAUGAUAAGUUAAUUAUGUUUAGUGCAGAUCAUGAACAUGAAUUUGUUAAUUCAGAAACAGCAUCCCCAAUCAUAAAUGAUAUGGUUAUAUCAAUGAAAGACUCAUUAAACUUGAUAAGUUUCUAUACAGUUGGAAAAGUUGAAGCAAAAGAAUGGAGUUUGAAAAGACAUUCAACAGCACCAGAAGCUGCAGGAUUAAUUCAUACAGAUUUACAAAAAAAUUUCAUAAAUGCUCAAGUUUUAAAAUCAACAAAAGUUUUUGAAAAAUCUGAAGAACUAAAAGAUGUUGAAGAUGUUGAAAAAGCAAUGAAAUAUGAUAGAAAUGGUAAAGAUUAUGAAGUUCAAGAUGGUGAUAUCAUCAUCAUUAAAGCGGUUGGUGGUAAAACAAAAUAG